GUUAUUCCGAAAACGUGCACUCUAAGCUCAAUCACAUUUCUUCCUAUCUACACACAUACAUACAUAUAUAUGCAACCUUAAUCCAUCUACGUAACAUAAUUAUUUCAUUUCAUUCCCAAAAUUCAACCAAAAAAAUAAAUAUCAACUUCAAAUCCUUUGUUAAAUCAUUGAUUAUACAAUGAAUGACAAAUCUUCACCAAGAGAGAGCCAAGGCAGCGUUCAUCUCCAGAUUUUCGAGCUCAACACCGCAAGCAGCCUCGAGCCCCAAGGCGGCGGCACCGCCGCCGCCGACUCGGCUCGGGCGCCGGAGAAGCAGCUGACCCUCUUCGCCCUCCGCCUCGCCGUGCUCGAGAAAACGGCCUCGGGCAUCGGCACGCUGGGCUUCAUCUGGGCCACCGUGGUCCUCCUCGGCGGCUUCGCCAUCACCCUCGACAAGACGGACUUCUGGUUCAUCACCAUCAUCCUCCUCAUCGAGGGCACCCGCAUCUUCAGCCGCAGCCACGAGCUCGAGCUCCAGCACCAGGCCACCUGGUCCCUCACCGAGGCCGGCAUCACCAUCAGGUCCGGCUCCAACCUCCUCAUCAACACCGUGAGGUCCGCCUUCACCAGAUCAGUAGGUAUCACCGUGCAUCGCACAAGGGAACCAGCACUCAGCCGCCCCAUCACGCGGACGUGGACGAGCUCGGAGGUGCCGCUGCUCUCCUACGGGAGGUGGAUGUUCAUAUCGAGGAACGUCAGCAGAGUGCUCCACUGGCUGCAGCUCGCCUCCGCCGUGUCGUGCGUGGCGCUGUCGAUGAUCAAGCUCGUCCACCGCGACUUCGGCGAGAUGGAGAAGGACAAUGCCGAUAAGAGGAAUCGGGAAUCGGCGUUGAUCAUUUUCUACUCUCUCGCGCUAGCUGAAGCUCUGCUUUUCCUCCUCGAGAAGGCUUAUUGGGAGUGGAAGCUCAGCUUCGAUUCUCUGCUGGAAUCUGUGAAUAAAGAGUGUGAGUUGGGAGAUUCCGGUUUGAUCUCAAUCCGUAGAUUCUUCUACGACGCGUAUUCGAAAUGCGUAAACGGCAGCGUUUUCGACGGAUUGAAGAUGGACAUGGUUUCCUUCGCUAUGGAGCUUCUCAGCUCCAAUUCCCCCGAUGAGCAGCUCAUCGGGGCGAGGAUCUUGAGAAGAUUCGCGACGAGCUCGCGAUUCUCUCAAGAUACUCUGCAGAAGAUCGGGAUCAAUCUGGGGGUGGUGGAGAGGCUCGUGGAGAUGUUGAACUGGAAGGAUAUAGAAGAGGAGGAAAUUAGGUAUUCCGCCGCGGAGAUUCUGUCCAAUUUAGCUAGCAAGAGGCACAACUCGCUGCGAAUCGCCGGGAUCGCCGGCGCGCUCGAGUCGAUCUCCAGCUUGCUGCGUCGCAGCCGCGGACACGGUGGCGUGAGCGAUCAGAUAUCGGAGAAGAGAGCCAUGCUGAUGAGGCGGAAGUGGUCGUUCAACAAUUUAGGGCUGGAGAUUUUGAAAAAGCUAGCUCGCGAUCACGACAUCUGCGGCAAAAUCGGGAACACGAAGGGGCUGCUGGCGAAGAUCGUGGAGUUCCUCCACGCCGACGAGGAGCUGCUGAGGGGGCCGGCGUCGGAGAUCGUGACGGUGAAGCGGUCGCUACAGGUGGUGAAGAUGCUGGCGGCGGCGGGGAGGGAGCUGAGGAGGGAGAUCUCGGAGAUGGUGCUGACGAUCGGGUAUAUAAGAGAUGUGUUGAGGUAUGGAGAUCGGCAUCCGGAGCUGCAGAUUUUGGGGAUUGAGAUACUGACGAGCUUGGCGGUGGAGGAGGAUGCGACGGAGAGGAUUGGGGGCACGGGAGGGGUGGUGAGGGAGCUGUUUAAUAUCUUUUUCAAGGAGGGGGCGGCGGCGGAGGAGCUUCGCGGUGCGGCUGGGGAGGCCAUAGCGAUGCUGGCGUUGGAGAGUGAGAACACGUGCAGAGGGAUGCUGAAGCUGAGGAUGAAGGAGCGGCUGAUCGCGGCGGUGGAGUCGCCGCUGCUUCGGGUGAAUGCGGCGAGGAUUUUGAGGAAUCUGUGUGCUUACAGUGGGAAUGACUGCUUUCACCACCUAAAAGAACUAACCGCCGCUGCACCAACUAUUCUUGAAGCCAUAAUGAGAGAGGAGGGGAAGCUGCAGGAGGUGAUGAUGGGGGCAGCGUCGUGCAUGUUCAAGUUGAUGGAUAAGGAAGAAUCAAGAAGCAUGUUCGAGAGAGUUGGGGUUAGGGAGCGUGAGCUCGCGAAUCGAGUGGUGUGGACGCUCGACAGGUACGAGCAGCCAUGCAUAAAGGUCCCCAGCAUGCGAAGGUACGCCAUAGAGCUGGCGAUGUGGAUGAUGAGAGAGGAGAGGGGGAGUGCGAGGGUUUUCCGAGGCCUCGGGAUGGCGAGGAGGCUGGAGUCGGUGACGGAGACGACGUCGGAGCUCGAGAGCUUCAACAUCUUCUGUGGGACGGUUGGGCUCUGCAGGCAUAAACUCACCAUGCAUGCGCUCGUUGAAGCAGCCAUGAAGCAGUUGGAGGAAGGCUGUUGUGAUCAUGAUUAAUUCUCAACAAAUAAUUAAUCACCAUUCUUUGAUUUUUUGGUGUAUAUAUUUAUUUAUGUAUUUAUGGCAAUUUAUCAGAGCUAGGUUUAAUUGUUGAUGUGAAUCCGGGAUGAGAUCCAGUGCCUCAACUCGAAAUAUUUAUUUAUUUAUUUAUGGCAAUUUAUCAGAGCUAGAUUUCUUGGAAA